GACUGACGGUGGAGGGAAUAGGAGGAUAUUCCACUGGGAACGAAGCACCUCCCCUUUAAUCGCUCGGCUGACUUUCUGACGGAGCUGUAGUCUCUUCACUCGCACGUUUGCAGUCAGAUCGCUACAAGAACCCCCUUGGACCUCGGUGCUCUUCUUUUGUUUCUAGAAAGCGACUGUUUUUCUUUUUACUUGUCCUGUCGUGGAAUUAAAAGCGCAAGCUUCCGAAGGUUUUGUCGCUUUUCUGUGCUGUUUUAUUUCCAUUGACAUGAAGAGACGCGGAAUGAAGCAUCCAAAGUGGCUGAAGGACUGAUUAGGCUUGUCUCCUGCGCUCUCCAUCACACACCAGUACAUUUGGGAAGAGAGCCGUGAUGGCUAAGUGGCUGAAAGACUAUCUGAGCUUUGGCAGCAGGAAGGUGCCUCCACAGCCGCCCACACCAGACUAUACAGAGAGCGAGAUCCUCAAAGCAUAUCGGCUUCAGAGGGACAUGGACUUUGAGGAUCCUUAUGAGGACUCUGAGACUAGGAUCAGGGGUGAAUCUGGGACUUCUGAUCCUGCUACACCUGUGUAUGGUUCUCCCAUGAAGUCCUCUAGUGUGGACAUGAAGUCUCCUAAACACAGACUGAUCAAAGUGGACUCCCAAGAGCUGGGGCGCACCAAGAUCCUCCUCAGUGCUGUCUCUUUAGAGGACCAGCAAGAGCCUGUGGUGCCGUCUGCUCCGCUGGCAGGGGACACAGAUUACUCUGACCCAUUUGAUGCUCGCUCAGACCACCGACCAGAACCAGAUCUAGGACCUGUUCCCUGUGAGAACAACGGUUACAUGGAACCAUAUGAGGCCCAGAGGGUCAUAACAGAGCUGCAGCGUGGUCCAGGAGGAGGACGGGUGCGGGGCAGGGUGCAGCUUUAUGACACCCCCUAUGAAGAUGAGCGUGGCCGGCACCUGGGCCUGGUGUAUGGAGAACCUCAGGAGGAAGGCAAGGACACGAGUAGGCUGCCACAAGACGAUGAGAGGCCAGCCGAUGAGUAUGACCAACCAUGGGAAUGGAAAAAGGACCACAUCUCCAAAGCUUUUGCUGAAGUGAGGGAGUUGUCGGAGUUGCCCUGGCCCACCCCAGUGGGUCAGCUGGAGGAGGAGUUCCCCGUCAGAGAGCAAGCUCAGUUUGAUGGCGCAGAGUGGGACCGCUCCUCGUCGCCCACGGAAAGGCUGCGUCCUCCGGGGCCCAGGUCCAGCCCACUGGCAGGAGGGGGAAUGAAGUUUCGAAUGCCGCAGGAAGGCCUCACGUUGAUGGGGGAGAGGGUGGACCCUACUCUGCCUCUGGAGAAGCAGGUAUGGUACCAUGGAUCACUGUCUCGUUCUGAGGCAGAGUCGCUGCUAACACUGUGUAAAGAGUGUAGCUACCUGGUGAGGAACAGUCAGAGCAACCGCUCCGACUACUCCCUGUCCCUACGAAGCUGCCAGGGUUUUAUGCACAUAAAGUUCACCCAGUGUAAAGACGGCAAGUAUGUGCUGGGACAGAACAGCCCUCUCUUUGACACCAUCCCUGAGGUGAUACACUUCUACACCACACACAAACUACCAAUCCGAGGUGCCGAGCACUUGUCCCUGCUGUUCCCCGUGCUGGUGCAAACACUCUGACUGACUGGGAUGACACCCCCUCCCCGGACUCCCGGGAAAUUCACUGUGAGUGGGCACAUAUCUGGCAGGCUCUUCCCACCAGUGUGCCAGCGCUGUUUUCCUGCUGGACUGGACUACUGGACAACACACCACUAGGCUAAUUACUCACCCACAUCCAGAGGGAUCGAUUUACAUGCAGAACCUGAACUUCAGGCCACCUUAGUUGUAGCUUCUGUUUUUGAUGAACCAAGGGGACUGACUUGACACAUGAAAUUCUUCCUUCCCUCAUUACAUUUUUUUAACAGCUGGAUGAAAUGUAGAGAAAGGUUUUUGAGCUGUAUUUGGGAGAAUCUUUAUUCUGAACAUAGCUUCAGUUUACAGAAGACAUGCAGGAGACAGAGAUUAAAUCACUAUUGUUCUGCAAAAAAAUCAUCUCAUCACCACUGGUAAAAUAUUGCUGUUGUCACAUAGGUGAAAACCUUGUUAUAUUUUGUCAGUUUUUCAUGUUUCUAUUAGAAUUAAUACAUUAAAUUGUACUGUAUACUGAAGGAUGGGGAACUUUUGGGCUUGGGAAACCCUUUUGUAAAUGUUGGAUAAAACACAUUUUACAUUAAAAAUGCUAUUUUUGGAGUUGAAAGGUUUUUACCAACAGCAGUGAUAUUUCACAUGCCUUUCUACACAAAGCUAAACCUGGUAAUUUGCAUCCAUUCUGUUCUGUACUGUCAUGCUGCUGUAUGUUGAGGAUUUGCUUGACACAUCAAGUUAUUUGCUGAAUGUGUGAUCACGCGCACCAGAGAAGCUGUGCUGUACUGGUACUUGUGUUGAUCUUGAUGGCCUGUAUCUCUGUUGCAUUUGGUAGACAGUGCUAGAUUUUUUAUUUUUUUUUUAAAGAAAAAGGCAAUUUGUCACUGUGUUUUCAUUGAACUGAAGGUCAAAGUUUAGAAGCUGAGCUACGGGCUACAUCUGAAGUUAUGUGAUGCUAAUUAGAUGAACACUGAACACUCAGACUCCCAAAUUUGUGAAUGUUGGCCACAUCCCCACACUUCCUACAUACAUACAUGGUGAGUUGUAUUUGAGCUAAAUGCUUGCCAUCUGGAAUGGCGUUUGUGUUGCUUGGUUGCAGUGCUGUGUGGUUAAAAACUGAUUUUAGAGGGGAGCCAGCUUAUACCACACACUGUUACAACCAAUGGAAAUGACAAAUGAAAAAAGUGUAUAUCAUUGGUUCUUAAUCCGUAAGUCUGUUUCUCCAAGGUCGCAAAAGGUAUUAUGGCCAUUUUCUGUCGAUGGUAAAAGAUGAUAGUUCUGUGUUAAUGCAUCCCAUCUGUAUUCAAAUCAAUUUCUCAAGCUUGUUCAGUUUACUGGUUGAUCUUCAUGUAGAUCAGUGGUUCUCAACCUGGGGGCCAGGACACCCACCCCCAACAGGGUUUACAAAUUUAUCUAGUUGGCAGGAAAUGAUGAAAAGCUACAUUCUCAGUUCUUGUGAAAACUGUAUCUUCACCUGUUUAAAAAAAAA